AUUCAACUUAUAAAACCGAUUGAUUCAUUCACAAAAUCCAACCCAACCUUCUCAAAAAGAAAAGAAGAACAAGUGAAUGCGUUUUGUUUCAUUGUCCCACCUUUUUUAAAUCUUACUAUCACAGAUCCCUCCUUCUCAUUCAUUUCUGAUCUUUUUCUGAAGAGUUAGCAAAUCGAGAACACAGAAGCAAACCCAAAUGGCCCUUGCCGGAGAAAUCAUGGGCUCUCCAUUGAUGGAGAGAUCCUCUUUUGUUUCUUCCUCACAAAUGCUUCUGAAUCAUAGUUUUCCACAGAUUGCCUUGAAGAAUACGAGGUUCCUGAGGUUGAAGAAGACUCUCAAUGUUCCUGUGGCGGCUGUUAGCGAGGAUUUGAUGAGAGGCCCUUCUGUGUCGGCAGAAGAAAAGGCUGUGAAAUUCCAAGUGAGAGCGGUCGUCACAGUGAGGAACAAGAUCAAAGAGGAUUUCAAAGACACCAUUAUGAAACAUUUUGAUGCUCUCACUGAUAAAAUAGGAAUGAACAUUGUUCUUCAGCUUAUCAGCACAGAGAUAGACCCGAGAACAAAGGGUCCAAGGAAGAGCAAAGAAGCAGUUCUGAAGGACUGGUCUGAGAAAUCAAAUGUUCGAGCAGAGAAAGUGAAUUACUCAGCAGAAUUCAUGGUGGAUUCAGAUUUCAUGGAGGCCGGAGCUAUUACUGUGACCAACAAACAUCAGAAAGAGUUCUUUUUGGAAACUAUAACAAUCGAAGGCUUUCCCAGUGGUAAACUUCAUUUCCCCUGCAAUUCCUGGGUUCAGCCCAGAAAACACGAUGCUCAUCCCAGAGUUUUCUUCUCUAACAAGCCAUAUCUACCGAACGAUACGCCAAGUGGGGUUAGACCACUGAGAGAGAAGGAACUGAAAAAUCUGAGAGGAGACAGAAAAGGAGAACGAAAGCUAAGCGAUAGGAUUUAUGAUUUUGAUGUGUACAAUGAUCUGGGCCUUCCAGAGUCUGGUCUUGACCUUACCAGACCAACACUUGGAGGAUCCCAAGACUAUCCGUACCCAAGACGGUGUCGUACCGGUCGUCCCCCAACUGAUACAGACAUGAAUGCUGAGUCUCGUGUGGAGAAGCCAUUGCCAAUGUACGUUCCCAGAGAUGAACAGUUUGAAGAGUCUAAGAAACAAGCUUUCUCUCACAUGAGGCUCAAAGCUCUGUUUCAUAGCUUAAUCCCUGGUCUAAAGGCUAAACUUUCUGAUGAUAAUCAUGACUUCAAUGACUUCUCUGAUGUGGAUGCCCUUUAUGUUACUGAAGGGUUUCUCCUCAGAUCUUUAAAAGAUGCAGACUUUGUCAGAAAAAUACCAGAAUGUAGCCUCAAACUUCUUAAGUUUGACACUCCCAAGAUCAUUUCCAAGGACAAAUUCGCUUGGAUGAGAGAUGAUGAGUUUGCUCGCGAAGCAAUAGCAGGAGUUAAUCCUGUUAACAUUGAGAGGCUUCAGGUUUUCCCACCAGUAAGCAAGCUUGAUCCUCAGGUGUACGGAAACCUAGAGUCUGCCAUUAAAGAAGAGCACAUUUUAGGUCAAAUUAAUGGCAUGACAGUACAGAAGGCAAUAGAGGAGAAUAAGCUGUUUAUCUUGGAUUACCAUGAUAUAUACCUCCCAUUUAUUGAUAAAAUCAAUGCCCUUGAUGAUAGAAAAUGCUAUGCCACACGCACCAUUUUCUUCUUGACUCCCCUAGGAACACUCAAGCCUAUUGCUAUAGAACUUAGCCUUCCUUCCGGGACACCGACUUCGCGAUCAAAACGUGUCGUUACACCCCCGGCUGAUGCUACCACCAGUUGGAUAUGGCAGCUGGCCAAGGCUCAUGUCUGUAACAAUGAUGCUGGUGUGCACCAACUUGUUAACCAUUGGCUGCGCACACAUGCUUGUUUGGAGCCCUUUAUAUUGGCUACUCAUAGACAAUUAAGUGCAAUGCAUCCUAUCUUCAAGCUGUUAGAUCCCCACAUGAGGUACACAUUGGAGAUGAAUGCGCAGGCUCGUCAAAGACUAAUCAAUGGAGGGGGAAUCAUUGAGGCUUCCUUCACUCCUGGUCCAUACUGCAUGGAGCUCAGUUCUUCUGCUUACAAAAACUUCUGGCGCUUCGACAUGGAGGCCCUACCCGCCGAUCUCAUUCGCAGAGGAAUGGCAAAACCUGACCCAACACAACCACAUGGUCUAAAGCUCCUCAUAGAAGACUACCCUUAUGCUUCUGAUGGCCUAAUGAUCUGGUCUGCGAUUGAGAGUUGGGUGCGAACCUAUGUGAACCGUUACUACCCAAGUUCAAGCCUAAUUUGCAGCGACAAGGAGCUCCAGUCAUGGUACAAUGAAGCAAUUAACGUAGGACAUGCUGAUCUUAGCAACAAAACCUGGUGGCCUACACUGAACAAAACAGAUGAUCUUGUCUCCAUUCUCAGUACCUUGAUUUGGAUCGCGUCUGCCCAACAUGCUGCUCUUAAUUUUGGACAGUACCCUUAUGGAGGGUACGUCCCAAAUCGCCCGCCUUUAAUGAGAAGAUUGAUCCCAGAAAAAGGUGAUCCAGAGUACGCAAAUUUUGUAGCAGACCCACAAAAGUAUUUCUUGAGAUCAUUACCUAGUUUGUUGCAAGCUACGAGGUAUAUGGCUGUUGUGGACAUCUUGUCUCUUCACUCGCCUGAUGAAGAAUACUUGGGAGAGAGGCGACCGGAAUCAUGUUGGACGGGUGAUUCCGAGAUGAUCAGAGCCUUCCAUGGAUUCUCAGAGAAGAUAAGAGAGAUAGAGAAGGAGAUUGAGAGAAGAAACUCUGAUUCUAACUUGAAAAACCGGUGUGGGGCUGGAGUGUUACCUUAUGAAUUGCUAGCUCCUAGCUCUGAUUCUGGUAUUACAUGUAGAGGCAUUCCCAAUAGUGUAUCAAUAUAAUUAGAGGCAUAUAAUACAAAUUAGCAUAUAUUUUAUUUUGAGGGAUGAAAAUGUAUAAUCCCUAAAUAAUGUUGAGGAAAAAAAAAUUAAAAACUCGAGGGCAUGUUCUUGCCAGUCCUCUUUUCCUAGUGCAUACAAGUAGAUAAUACUUAGAUUAGUGCAUGGUGAUUGGAUAUAUAGGUUGUAUAUGAAAUAGAGCUUAAUUGAGGAUGAGGAUGUUUUUGUAUUUCAUAGAAAAGAUUAUCAAUUUCAUUUAUGCUUUGUUUUGUAUCUUUAAAGCAUCAUGAAA